CUCCUCCUUUUGCGCAGAAGGAGGGCCUGGCUUGUUUGUAUGUGGGGCCUUGGUGCUGUUCUGAGCGCAGAGCCUGUCAGCCGGGACCUCCUCCUAAUGUGUCCUGGGCAGAGACCAAGUGCUGUCAGACCAGCGUAGCAGAGCUUUGCUGCGUGCAAUCAACUGGAGUACUCAAAUCUCAAGUGCUGUCUGCCCUUCAUCAUGCCUGCUGGGGUAUCUUGGCCUCGCUACUUGAAAAUGCUCAGUGCAAGUAUAUUGGCUAUGUUUGCAGGUGCAGAAGUUGUGCAUAGAUAUUACAGACCUGAUCUUACUAUACCUGAAAUUCCACCUAAGCCUGGAGAACUGAAAACGGAACUCUUGGGUCUAAAACAAAGACCAAGCGAAGUUCAUACUUCACAACAAUGACCACAGAAUAUUGAAGUCAUGAAGGGUAGAAUUUUCAGAAGUGCCUAAAUAACUUAGGUCCUGAGUCAUUUUCCUAAGUGAUUUAGGAACCAGUCAUUGGGACUUAUGCACUUCUGAAAAUUGUACCCAAAGUCCAUGUAUGAAAUGAUUAGUCCUGUAACUCUAUAUUUAUUUAAAACAAAAAAACUUGUAUGUAAGAAAGAGGAAUCCUGUUUAUCAGAAAUCCAGCCAGUUGUUCAUUAAAACUUCUUGUAUUUUUGUUUUCAAAA